CUUUCUACAGGGUUCUUUCAAGGCUCCAGCUGGUUUGCUGCUAUGGCUGAGUCAGACCUUAGGAAUGAUGAUCACUCUCCUCAACCAAAGAAGCCUCUUGUUACUCCAAAGAUAGGAACACAUAAUGGAACAUUUCACUGUGAUGAGGCCUUAGCUUGCUUUAUGUUAAAGCAGUUACCAGAAUACAAACAUGCUGAUAUUAUAAGGACUAGGAAUCCUGAGGAGCUGGCUGAGUGCGACAUUGUUGUUGAUGUUGGAGGUGUUUAUGAUGCUGAAAAACAUCGAUAUGACCACCAUCAGCGGUAUGCAAUUGGUCAAAACUCUUUAAUAAAUAUUAUCUAGGUUAAUUUAAUGAGAAAGCCUUUGUGCUUUGCCAAAUUUUCCAGUCAUCUUCACUUUGAGAAAACCAAAACAGAAUCUUGUUUUCGUAGUGAGAAGCAACCCAUUUGUUAAUAACUCUCUACUGAUAUUUAUUUUGCUAAGGUCCUAUAUGUUAGUGUGUCAAUAAAUUGAACUUAAAAAUCAAAAUUUAAAAUUUAAUUUUGACAAAUGCUGAAACACAUUGUCAAAUAACUCCAUGUGCUGAAGGAGAUAUAUCAAAGGAAUAGAAAGAGAUGUAAAAGAUGCAUUAUUCUAUCAUCAUAUCAUAUCGUGGAUGGAACAACAAGAACAAAAAAACUGCAUGCCUGACAGGAUUCCAACCUUUGAUUCCCAGACAGCUGGGCACUGACCCUAAACCCUAAGCCACGUACAGAAAACUCAAUUUUUCUUGGAUAGUUGUAGCAGUGAUGAAACUUCUGUUGAUAAAUUAAUAAUUUAUUAAUGGCAUAUUUUUAAUCAAUUACUAGACUUUUAUCAUAAGAUGUCUUAGGAAGAAAAAAGAUUACAUCAAUGUGAUGUAUACUGGUAAAUUGAUCCUGAAAGUUGGAGCCAUAAUGUUAUCCCUAGUUGACUGUUAGGAGGGAAUUUUUACCGUAACAAUUUCGUAAUUUUCAUUAUAGAAGCUUCACAGGAUGCAUGAAGACACUGAACCCAAACAAACCUUGGGUCACAAAACUCAGUAGUGCAGGCCUUGUUUAUCUACACUUUGGACAAAGAGUCAUCUCACAAAUUCUCAAGACCAAAGAAGAGGAUGAUGUGACCUGUAAAAUAUAUGACAAAAUUUAUGAAAACUUUGUUCAGGAAAUUGAUGCUAUUGACAAUGGGAUCAGUCAAUGCGAUGGAGAGCCAAGGUAACACCAUCUACUUUUUACAGGCGAACAUCCACACAAGAAAAAAAAUUGCUUGAUCCCAGAGAUCUAUGAUACACUUUCAAAAACAUCUCCUGCACCUGCCUAAAUUUUGUUAAACUAACCUGGCUGAAGUGUGGGAUACUGAACCCAAUGUGAGAUCAAUUUAUUGUAUUCAGUGCCUUUUUACCUGUUUUGUAACAAGAUUUGCACAAGAGCCUAUAAAGACUAUGUUUUUGUGAAUGGGAGUGGGUAAGAAAUCAUGUUGAUAAAUGAUUGUUUAUUAUCAUUCACAGGUGAACUAACAAUUACAUGAUUUUAUAAUAUCAAACCCUCUAAAAACAGGUACUCCAUCAACACAAACUUGAGUUCUAGAGUGUCUCAUCUUAAUCCACGAUGGAAUGAUCCAAAUCCAGAUUCUGAGGUAUGUACAACUGUAACAAUAGAUAGGUAAAGUGUUAACUUAGUGAAAGGGGAACUCUCAAUUAAAUGUGAAUGUGGUGAGGUUUUUUUAAAUACACAAGAUGUGGACAAGGAAAGACACAGACAGAUGACAGAAUUAAUUAUCUUAUGUUGAGUACCUAUGCAUUUCUUCAGUGGUCGUUAAAUUGCUUGUUUCCUUCAAAAUGUGACGAUAUCUCUUAAUAGGAAGUCAUAAAAUGACUCUUCUAGAAGGGAAAGUAACUCACUCAUUUAACUGUCUAACUCCCCCACUUGCAUUAAAGCUCAAUAAUGCAUUUUUUAAAAUUUCCAUCAACAGAAACAGUUUCAGAAGGCCAUGAAUUUAGUUGGGGAGGAGUUUUUAGACAGAGUUUGUUUUUACCGUGACUCCUGGCUACCUGCAAGAGGUCUGGUGAAGGGAGCACUUUGUAAACGACAAGAGGUACAUCUUGCUGUUCUAAUUCACUCCGGUGAAAAAGUGAUGCUGCUACAAAAUUCAAGAAACUAUUGCCUCACAUUUUUCUUUUUACCCACAAGACCAACAACACUCAUAUUAGGGGGUAAUGGACAGUCCCCUUUCCAUAGUUACUUUGGAUCAUUAUACGUUUCUGGGAAACUGCCCACCUACCCCUCCCCUGAGCCAACAUUUACACUUACACUUCUCACUUAGGGCAAAAUAUUGGCUUGGGGGAGGUGUAGGUGGGCAGUUUCCCAGAAACUUAUAAUGAUCCGUUACUUUUUUGAGUGGAGUAAGAGUAAGAGUAAAAUUAAGUGAUCAUGUGACCUUUCUAAAGUAAGAGGGACUAAUACCAUCAGUACUUAGCACUUAAUUUAGAAAAAAAAUAUUGUAAGCUAUUAGCCCCAUAUAAAAAAUGAACUGGAAGGUUUGUUGUAGUAUAAACUGAUUGUGUUUUGUUCUACUUUCUUAAUUGUCAAUAAGGUUGAUCCAAGUGGCGAGAUUAUAGAGUUUGAAGAAGGUGGAUUCCCUUGGAAAGAACAUUUGUUUGAAUUAGAGAAGGACUUAAACAUUGAGGGAGAGAUUAAGUUUGUCAUAUAUACAGAUCAAAAUCACAAAUGGAGAGUACAGGUAAAUAGGUAACAUAAUUGAAACAUAUGUCAUUCAUUUGGGGCCAUAACACUGGAGAACAACUCGUUAAACUCAUAACUAAAAUACAUGUAUACAUGUGCAGUUGCUUUCAAGGGCUUUGUCAUGCAGAUUUACUUUGAGCUGCAAAACUUCAAAAAAAUGCAUUCAAAGGUCUUUGUGCAACCAUCUCUUGUACACUGCCAGCCUCCUAUCCAAAACUCCAAAAUUUCUAAAGACAAUGCACUAUAAUAAUAGUUGCGACCUCUUGUAAACACCAAAGUGUAAGUGUCUCAUCUUCAUGUUGACUCUUUGCACUACACAGCUGUCCAAAUAAAUUUAUUAUCCAGUGAGUCAUCAGAACCAAAUGGAGUACAAAAUAAAAGUACACAAAAUCCCCUAAAAUGGCAACCCAAAAACACUGCUGCGGCUAAUGCUGAUCAUAAGGUUACUAAUAACAGUAGAAAAUUAAUAUUAAGAUCUUUUUUUUUUCCUGCUGUAGUGUGUUCCUGUCCGCCCUGAUUCCUUUGAAAACAGGUAAUCAUUAUGAUAAUUAUGUCCAUAACAGUUGCUACAGAAAAAAGGUCAAACUUUUUAGGUGUAUAGAAUUACAUGUAUUAUGCCUCACUGAUCUAAUCAGUGGCAGCUCAACGUUAAACUGGACAGCUUUCAGACAUGAAAUAGCUUUGGUGUCAAUAGGAGAUAUCACUUUUUACAAACAUCGUUUAAUUCUUUGUAAUUCAAAUUUAUGACGAGUGAAACAAAAGAAUCUUUUGUUUCAAAAACCUAUGCACUUCUGGAUGGCAUAAUAUCAAUAGGUGACGUCAGUGUGAUUAUCACACAGGACAUUUAAUUUAUUGUGUGAUAAUGGCAUUUUACUACAACUACCAGAAUCCUUCAGUUUGUGGUUUUCUUGUGCAAAAUUGGUUAGAGCUAUUGUCUAUUUUAAACCUCGGCAGAAUUGACAUGUUUUAUUAAGAAAGGAAAAACAAAAUUGAUGAAUUGUGGUAGGUGUAGUAAAAUGUCAUCACCAUGAAAAUGGCUGUACAAACAACUCCUGACACUUGCCUAACAUCUGCUUCUGUCCCAUAGGCUGAGCUUGUUGGAAGAAUGGCGCGGAAUAAGAGAUGAACCCCUCAGUUUACUCAGUGGAAUUCAGGGAUGCAUUUUUGUCCAUGCAGGUGGUUUUAUUGGUGGCAAUGAGACUCGGGAUGGGGCCCUUAGUAUGGCCAGAAAAACUUUACAACACAGAAACACCAAGAACACUGCUAAUGGGAAUAGCGGUAGUUCCAGCUAA